GCAUUGAAAGAGAAGAUUGAGUUAGAGAGGGGGAAAGAUGCUUUUCCGGUAGCUGGCCAAAAGCUAAUUUAUGCAGGUAAAAUCCUUAAUGAUGAUACUGCACUUAAAGAAUACAAAAUAGAUGAGAACAACUUUGUCGUGGUUAUGGUGACAAAACCCAAAGCAACAGCAGGAGCGACUCAGCAAUCCAGUGCUACUACCACUGUUAGCUCAACAACUGCAGCUCCUAUACCAGUCACUGUCCCAAACCCUUCUGCUUCCCCUGUGCCAGCUCCUGUCCCUCCACCACCAGCACCAGAUGCAGCUGCUUGCGAAUCUGCACCUGUGAGUGCUCCUAAAGAAGACAAGCCAGCAGAAAACCCACAUGAGGCAUCAGCUGCUGUCAGCCCAUCAUCAACUGACAGUACAACAGGUGAUACAUCUCGAUCAAAUCUUUUUGAGGAUGCUAUAAGUGCACUUGUGACAGGUCAAUCCUAUGAGAACAUGGUGACUGAGAUCAUGUCAAUGGGCUAUGAACGAGAGCAAGUAAUUGCGGCACUGAGAGCCAGCUUCAACAAUCCUGACCGAGCAGUGGAAUACCUUUUAAUGGGUAUACCGGGAGAUAACCAGGCUGUGGCUGAACCCCCUCAAGCAGCAAGUGUUGGUACCUCUCAGUCUUCAGGAGCAGCAGCAGCAACUGUACCUACAACUACUAGUUCAUUAGGAGGACAUCCACUUGAGUUUCUACGAAAUCAGCCUCAGUUCCAGCAGAUGAGACAAAUUAUUCAGCAAAAUCCUUCUCUGUUACCAGCAUUGCUACAGCAGAUUGGACGAGAAAACCCUCAACUACUACAGCAAAUAAGCCAGCACCAGGAACAUUUUAUUCAUAUGCUGAAUGAGCCAGUUCUGGAGUCCCGCCAAGGUUUCAGUGGCAGUGAUGAUGGUGUCAGCACUGGAGGAGUAGCAGAAGCUGGAAAUGGUCAUAUGAACUACAUUCAAGUAACACCUCAGGAAAAAGAAGCUAUAGAAAGGUUAAAGGCAUUAGGAUUUCCUGAAGGACUUGUGAUACAGGCGUAUUUUGCUUGUGAGAAGAAUGAGAACUUGGCUGCCAACUUUCUUCUACAACAGAACUUGGAUGAAGAUUGAAAAAAUUUUUGUAAUUUCACACCUCACACCAGUGCAUUACACUAACUUUGUUCACUGGAUUGUCUGGGAUAAUUGGGCUUAUAUUCAUGAUAUUUGCUGUAUGGUCAUAUGGGGAGGGAGCAAGAAGAGAAUAUAACAAACAAAGCAAAGAAAGCAGCAAGUAUGUCUGCUUUAAAUUAGCAGAUGCAGAAAAUCACACAGUGUAAAAUAUUAUACAACCAAAAUCAGCUUCUGCAGAUAGUUCCUUCUGUAUACUGUAGGUUAACUUCUUCUAGGUUUUCACUCUUACUGUCCUAGUUCCAGAAUUACAGUAUAAUGCUCUGCUUCAUCUUCCUCUCU